UCCACCCUCAGGCAUGACUGGGAGGUGUAUUCCCCACCCCCAUGGAUGUGGUGUCCAGAGGCUGGCAGUGCCCAGGGGCGGGGUGAUAAUUGUUUCUCUUAGUACCUGAAGGACUCUUGUCGGAGAGGCAGGAAUUCCUAGCAUUCCCUGUGACGGCCAGGAUGGGAGCUGGGGGCAGGGGCUGGGGUGCAAGCCCCACCUAGGGCGUCUGUCUCAGCAGCUGAGAGGCUCACACAGAGCCGGGAGCCCAGGCAAGCAGCAGGAUGGCAGCAAGGGCAGCGGCUGGAACCUGGGUGCUGGUCCUUAGUCUGUGGGGGGCAGUAGUCGGAGGUCAGAACAUCACAGCCCGGAUCGGGAAAUCACUGAUGCUGAAAUGCAAGGGAAUCCCCAGAAAACAGCCGCAGCAGCAGCCGGAAUGGAAACUGAACACGGGUCGAACAGAGGCUUGGAAGGUCCUGAAUCCCCAUGAAACCUCCUGGGACAAUGUGGCUCGCAUCCUCCCUAAUGGCUCCCUCCUCCUGCCAGCUGUUGAGAUACAAGAUGAGGGGACCUUCCAGUGCCGGGCAGUGAGCAGAAGUGGAAAAGAGAUCAGGUCCAAUUACCAAGUCCGAGUGUAUGAGCCUCCCAGGAAGCCAGAAAUUGUUGAUCCUGCUUUAGAAAUCAAGGCUGGUGUCUCCAACAAGGUGGGGACAUGUGUGUCCAGAGGGGGCUACCCUGAAGGGACCCUUAGCUGGCUCCUCGAUGGAAAACCCCUGGUACCUGAUGAAAAAGGUGUGUCUGUGAAGGAGGAGACCAUACAACACCCAGAGACAGGGCUUUUCACCCUUCAGUCUGAGCUGAUGGUGACCCUAGAAGAGGGAGAAGCUUUGCCCGGCUCCACCUUCUCCUGUAGCUUCAAUCCGGGCCUUCCCCGGCGCCGUGUCCUUCACUCGGCCCCCCUCCAGCUCGGGGAGCCUGUGCCCCUAGAGAUUCAUUUGCUAGUGGAGCCCGAAGGUGGGGCAGUAGCCCCCGGUGGUACUGUGACCCUGACCUGUGAAGCCCCUGCCCCUCAAAUCCACUGGAUCAAGGAUGGCAUGCCACUGCCCGAGUCCCCCAACCCCGUGCUGCUUCUCAGUGAGGUAGGGCCUCAGGACCAGGGAACCUACAGCUGUGUGGUCACCCAUCCCAGCCACGGGCCCCAGGAAAGUCGUGCUGUCACCAUCAGCCUCAUCGAUUCUGAGGAGGAACCCGGGCUGGGAACUCUAGCCCUGGGCCUAGGGGUUCUCGGAGGCCUGGGGACAGCUGCCCUGCUCAUUGGGAUCAUCAUGUGGCAAAGGCGGCGCCGGCGCCGAGGAGCAGAGAGGAAAGUGCCAGAACACCAGGAGGAGGUGGAGGAGCGUGCAGAGCUGAAGCAGUCGGGGGAAGCUGAGGCGCCCGAGAGCAGCAGUGCAGGAGGACCGUGAGGGUCCCUCAGCCAGACCCGGCCACCAGCAGCUCCCCUUUUCUCCUGCACUGUCGUGACCCCCCCAACUGACC